AAUCAUUGUGCUACGCAUGCAGAAGGAUAACUCUUGAGGCAGACAUAGUUAGAUAAAGUUCGAAUACUAAUCUCUCAAAUCACUAUCUUUUUACGGGUAUGUCUAAUACGAAUUCAAGUCUUCAACCCAACUCAACCUUUAAUUCGUCUUUUCCACAUCAGCAAUUUACACCGCCAUGGAUCUUGAACAUACCAGACAGCUACAGAAUAUCGUUUAUUUUAUCUUACACCUUGAUUCUGGUCUUGUCCGUUGUAGGCAAUACUUCCAUUAUUGCUAUUGUUGCCAGAAAUCUAUCGAUGCGAAGUACCAUCAACUAUCUGAUCGCAAACAUGGCUGCAACAGACUUGGCAGCAUCAGUGGUCGUCACGGCACGUCUUUUCUCCGUCAUGCACAACCUUUCUAAGGCAUGGGCAGCUCAUGGAGUUUUUGGGAACAUGAUGUGCAAGCUUUGUCCAUAUAUUCGUGACGUUUCGAUAGCAGUGUCAAUCCAGAGCAUGGCAGCCAUCGCAUUUGAUCGGUUCUUCGCUGUUGUUUUCCCAAUGAGGCCAACACCUCGAAUUCUUGGCAUUCGUGUACUUUUACCAGCCAUCUGGUUCAUAGCUCUGGGAUAUUUUUCUGUGGAGCUAGUAACUUAUAAACUCAUAUCAAUAUAUGGGGUAGAAUUUUGUUAUUUCAUAUGGCCGUCUGGUGUCGAUGGUAGAAAAGCAGAUAAUAUAUUUUACUUUACAACUGUAACUUUCCUCUUUCUGUUACCUCUUUUGGUCGUAAGCUUUGUUUAUGCUGUUAUUGCCUUGAAGAUUAGACGACAGGUUGUACCUGGUGAACAGUCGUCCUCUUCCGAAACCAGGCGACGAAAACGCAACAAGAAUGUCAUCAAAAUGGCUGUCAGCAUUGUUUUUUGCUUUUUUGUCUGUUGGUUUCCCUAUCAUGUUUUUAAUUUUCUUUUGGGAUUUGUUUGGAAUGGAAAUGUCCCGCAAGUUAUUCGUCGUCACUUUGGUCUCAUUUAUGACAUAAUCAUUCUAGUAUCCUACGUAAGUUUGAUCAUCAAUCCCUACAUUUGUUUUGUGUUUAGUUCAAACUAUAGAAAGUCCCUUCGAAACCUUUUUCCAUUUUCGUUGUUCUUUGCGACAAGAAUCGGCUCGUUGGAUGACACUUCGCAAAGGUCAGCAACGAAUCGCGUGCAACAGACGGAGAUGUACUUCAUCAGCCAGUAGAGUUAGUGCUAAAUACCACUUUAAUAAAGAGCGCAUUUAGAAUGGCCUAAGCAGGUUCAAAACUGCAUCUUAUAUAUCUGUAUAAUAUGCUAUCAAUCAGUGGAUAGAAUGCUAAAUACCACUUUGAUAAAGCGCAUUUAGAAUGGCCUAAGCAGGUUCAAAACUGCAUCUUAUAUAUCUGUGUAUUCUGGACGAAGAGAGUAGAGAUCAGAUCUGUGAAAUAUACUUGGCACGUAGCGGCGCACGAAGAACUGGUAAUAACUUUUAGUAUUUUUACACAAGUGAAUAUAAUAAAUUCGGCGCGCUCAUUGAUCACAGUUUAUUACGUCUUAUGCUGCUAUAUUCACCUAUAGGUCGCAAUAUAUAUAUACCUACAAUAUAGCGCGCUACCUUGUCGAUUUGUGCCGCUUGCAGAGAUAAGUAACAUUGAAAAAAAACUCUCUCUCCAUUACUUAAUAUAUUCACUUGUGUUCAAAAUACUAAAACAAUUAUUCGCCCUCAUAUUCUUCGUUAUCUGAAUGGCGAAUGAAAAACGCAUUGUAUAGCGCCUUUGACAGUGUAUAGACACUGUAUAGACAUUGUAACCGAUACGAGAUGUGACAGCUUGGGGUAAAAACUCCACAAAUUGAAGUGCAGUCACGAAAAAAAUGUAAAUAAUAUUUAAUGAACAAAAGUGCCAGCUGCAAAAGGUGUGAUCAUGAGAAACCCUAAGUUGACUGAAAACUGUACGCUUUAUGCAUAGAUUAUGCUAUUUUUUUGUUAAAGAAAAUGGUCAGAAACGUCGAAAGAUCUUAGUAAAAGCCUUGCUAGGAAUUUUGGUUCUUAACUAAAAUGAACCAUCGGGAAAUUUUAAACUUUGCAAUAAAAAUACCGGCUUAA